AUGUAUUAUCAGAUCGCUUCCCCCAAUGAGUACCUUGCUAUUACUGGCGCGAGGAUCGCAACUGUGAAAAUUUGCAAGAGUGCUUUCAUUUGGCCCUUUCAAAAGGUUCAACGUUUUAGUAUUCAACCUCGCGAUUAUGAGUUAUCCCUUCAGGCUAUGACAAAAGAGAAACUUCAGUUGGCCAUUCCUGUUGUAUUUACCAUCGGUCCUGAUGUCAACCGCAGAGGCGAUAAUGCUCGUACCGCCGAUCGUAACCGCGAAACAGACGCGGAGGAUUCAAACGAUGCACUUAUGAAGUUCUCGAUGCUGUUGGCAGAGGGAGAGACAAAGAAUAGUGGUCAUGCUGGCGAACAUCUUAAAAAGAUUGUUGUUGGCAUCAUCGAGGGUGAAACCCGUGUUCUCGUCAGCUCAAUGUCAAUGGAGAAGAUCUUCACAGAGAGAGAAGCAUUCAAGAAAGACAUCUUCAAGAACAUUCAAUCCGAGUUGAGUCAAUUCGGUCUCAGAAUCUACAAUGCUAACGUCAAGGAACUUAAAGAUGCGCCAGGCUCAAACUACUUUGCAUCUCUUAGCAAGAAAGCACACGAGGGUGCUAUCAAUCAAGCCCGUAUUGAUGUAGCAGAAGCUCAACGCUUGGGUACUGUUGGAGAGGCACAGCGUAAAGCAGAGCAAGACCGAGAACUGGCCAAAGUUCAAGCCGAGACGGCUGUUCAAAAGACAGAACGUGAUAGUGAGAAGGCUCGAGCUGAAGCCACACUUGCAACACGCAAAACUACUUACAACCGUGAUGUUAACGUUGCUCAAAUCGAGGCUACACGUGCCACCGAAGUUCGCGACGAAGAACUCCGUCGAGACGUCGAAGUUAAGCGCGCCCAAACGGAACUUGAGCGUCUUCGUGCUUCCGAUGUCGUUAAGGCUACCAUUCUUCGUGAAGCAAAGCAACAAGCUGCUGAUGCUAAGAACUAUGAGGAGCAGGCUCGCUCAAAUGCUGAGUUUUACAGUCAGCAAAAGUUAGCGGAUGCAAGAGCUAACGCUGAACAAAAGGCUGCUGAUGCCAAGGUUUACAGUGAGAAACAGGCUGCGAUUGCAAAAGCCAAUAGUGAACAAAAGGCCGCCGAUGCUAAAGUCUACAGUGAACAGAAAGCAGCUGAUGCUAGGGCAUAUAAGGAGAAGACGCGAGCAGAGUUUGAAUUUUACAGCGAGCAAAAAGCCGCUGAAGCCAAAGCUUACAAAAUCAAAAUCGAAGCCGAAGCUCAAUAUAUCGCCGAGGCUAGAGCCGCCGAUGCAGCUCUCUUAAGAGCACAAAAAGAAGCAGCGGGUAUGAGUGCCAUGGCCGUCGCAUACGCCGAUAUGAGUAAAGCGAUGGGAGGUCCACAAGGAUUAAUCCAAUACCUGAUGAUUGAGCGGGGCACGUACCAAGAAUUAGCCAAGGCCAACGCCGAGGCGGUUCGUGGUUUGAACCCCAAGAUGACGAUUUGGAAUACGGGUGCUCAGUCUGGUGGUGCGGGAAAUGCAAUUGCUGGAUCGUCUGAGGGUCAGGGUAUUAAUAUGGGUGGUUUGGAUAGUAUUAGGAAUUUGUAUCAGAUGCUUCCACCGCUCAUGUCGACAAUUCAUGAUCAGACGGGGAUGACGUUGCCAGAGUGGCAGUAUGGACGUUUGGGACCGGUUCCAGAGGAGGAUAAGGAGAAUGUGGUGCCGGUUGCUGAGGUUAAUGGGAAUGGGAAGACUAAUGGGGUUGAUGGUCAUUAG